AAUGUCUCAAGUAAGAGAAACCAUUGAACUCCUAACAAAACUGUUGAGAAGAAACGGUACUUCGAAGAUUAAGGCGGAAGUUUUCCGACUGGCAAAAUUUAAUAACGAUGAAGCUACUGUCCCAUUUUGGAAACUUCUAUUUGAGUUACUCUACUUUCUGAAGUAUGGGGUGAUCGACGAUGUAACCGUCAAGGCAUAUGCAGAGCUUACUCAAGAAGAACUAGCUGUGUAUGUGAAGAAGAGUAUGCAGAGCCGAGGGUUCUACUCCAAAGAGUUUUCAUUACUGCCCAAUGAUAUGAGCUCAGGUAGCAGGGAGCUACUACUGGCUUUUGCUUGGCUCAUGUGUAAAGAGAACGUGAUUGUUAAAUUCAUGGAACAAUGUUCCUCCCCUGUAGAUGAAAACACACUAUCUGUGUAUGAGUUUGAUUUGGAAGAAAACAUACACUCCUCUAACUACCUAGCCUCCAGUAAGUUCCUGAAUCCAGUACAGAGGGUCCAAUACCUGCAGCUCCUAAACGGCAAGAUGAGAUCCAGUCUGAAGCGUCUGUAUAGCCUUCAGAGGGAGAAGGUCAAGCUUGACCAUAAGGUUCAUGAAUGUACCCAAGGGGUAUCAUUGUCACCUGGUGUGUCACACCUCACAGCUCUGGAGGUCCACAUGCUUAAACACCCAGAACUGUUGAAGAAGGUGUUUCAUUUGCUUGAAAAAGACAAUGAGCGACUACAAAUACUAUUGGUAUGGACUGAACAAGAGGAAAGGUUCUGGAAAUGGAUGGAAAGUGUUCUAGACCUUAAGAUGCAGGAUAUGUCUGUUUCUGGGAGUCAAAGUGCAUCUAAAAUGAUGUAUUACAACAUUCCACCUGACUGUGUGGGCAGCAUGGAGUCAGCCAGAAUACAGCUAGAAGAGGCCAUUGUUAAAUAUGAAUCUAUCAUUGAGCAGCUGGAGGAUGUCUGGGAGUCAAAGAGAAACACAGUAACAGAACAAGAACUAGACCACUUACUGACUUCAAUCAACAUGGAGAUUUCAUUACAGCGAGCAAAUCUUGCCCUAGAUAACACUGAGCAAAUGCUGAGGACAUAUAAGGAUCCAGGACUGUUCUACUUAAGAAAUACUACAAGUAGUAGCAAAAAAGUAUCCAAUCUGCAAGUGUCAGGACAUCCUAAUGACCGAUCUGGACAUGGUGAUGGACCAGAUUCACCGACAGACAUACGUUCAGAAAUAGCUGUUCUUGAGGUACAACUUAAAAGACUUGAGUUGGAGACUAAGCGUAAACAAUCCCAUUACUGCUGUGAUUUGGAUGCUAUAGCCAAUAGCAUACCUGACUCUGUCUGUAUUCAGCCAAAAGGAUAUCGGUAAUACAAACUGUGUGUUAGUGAUAGAUACAGUGAAACCCACUGUAGUUGCUGGAUCUGCAAGACAUUCAUUCUACAAAGAAGAGACACAUGUUAAUAGCAGUCAAACAGUCUUAUGAAUUGUAGGUGACAUCCAUACUAUAUUGUCCUCUUACAAUUUGUUGCAUUGUUUGAUGUCUGAUAAUUCUCAUAUACAAUAUGCUAACGUUUUAAGUAACUCGCCAUACUACAGGACAUUGCUUUAUACCAAGCAUUUUUUCUGUUAGUAUAUGAAUUUGUGAAUUUUGCAGUAUAUAUAACAGGUCAAAUACCAGGUACCAAUUACCUACAGUGUUUGGUUGUUUGCUUACUCUUAGAUAGGGACCUAUUUUAUAUAGCUUAUCGUUAUAAUUACUCAAUUUUGUAUACAGUCAUGUAUUACUUUGGGAACUAAAGUUAAUGUAGCGUUAUGUCCCUUCAUUCAAUAAAUCAUAUCAUUGUCAGUAUAUAUCUUAAAGCUUAGUGACCAUGACCAAAUUUUGAAUGCAUGUUUCUUAAGUUGGCAAAUAAAAUUCAUUCUUAAAUUGUGCCCAAUCAUCUAAAUUUUAUACUCUUGUAGGUCUUUUGAUAUUCCAUAAUCAUUUAAUAGGUGUUACAAUGAGUUAGUGGUGUACUCUGCCUUGUAAUUGAUGUUGUUAAUGGAGAUACCUUGUCACAAUUUCUGUGAGAUGUGCUUGGGUGGGUAGAAAUGCUUCCAUUUUCUUUUAUUUUAUGCUCUCUUAUCUUGGUGACAGAUAUGGAGGAUAGAGCAUGUGUUAACAACUCUAAUCGGUGGAGAAUAUUUAAGAUACAAGAAUAUCUUUCAGAACAUAUAGUUCAACUGUAUCCAAAGUUCUCCUGUAUUGGUGUUACAGAUAUUUAUCUGCAGACAGUUGUCAGUUAGUGAGAAUCCUGAAAUGAAAGGGCACAUUUUCAAACCACCACAUUCCGUGUUUUAGAAUUGUAAGCAGUCAGAUGUUAGCAGACGGUGUUUGUCCUCUGUAGAUUACCGGUAACAGUUAAAUUGAACUAACAUCGCCCAUUAGAUGACAUGGAACAUGAUGAACAGGAUCAUUUUGGUAGGAUAUUGGUAUUAUACAGGCAGGUGUAAUUUGUUCAUUCAUAGGUCCUCUGUAGAUGACUUGAGGAAUGGCGUGAUUUGAUUAAAUUCAGGAACUGAAAGAUAUAUAAGUAUAACUUAAUAUAAUGUAAUAUAACGGUAGAUUCACCUAAGAUUAUAUAACUGCAAAAUUC